UUUCUUACUGCCGUCGACCGAAGGUCAGUGGAUGUUCGUCCGCACACCGUAGCAGUAUAGAUCUGUGUUCUGGUACGCGUUUCGCGAUAAUUGUUGCUCCCGUGGUGUCCGUCGUUACCGUGUAUCCCCCGUUCUGCCGAUGACGUCCAUUGCAGCCGGUCUUCGACCAUUUGCGUUUCACACGCGCCUAAACAGGACCGUCGUUAACGCGUCACGUUAGAUCGAUAUACGGCGUUACGAGAGCGACCGCCGCCGCAGUACACGGCCGUCGCAGUCGCCGCCACCUCCUUCACCUGUACAUGAUCGUACCAAAAACUUGUGACAAGGAGCGCACACUGCGUGUGCCGAUUAUCGGAAUUUAGCCUCAAAUAUAGCAGGCCUAUUACAUCAUUUUCCUGAAUGAUUCUUUGCUUAAUGGAUCAACGAGGUUUUGUGGAUUUAUUUCCCAUAGUUUUAUAUGUAAAUGGAUAAUUUUAACAUACCAUUGCUGAAGGCAAGUGAAAUGGAUAAUAGUAAUAAUUGUUUUAUCAGCGAUCCAUCUCUAUUUUCCCAUUUGGAAAUAGACCAAGAUCAUGAAUGUCUUAAACAAUUUUUAUUGGAUCAAGAUAAAACAACUCAUCAUCCACCACUACAUGUUCAAAAUUUUGAUCCACUACCAUACAAUAACAUGUUGCAUCCUAAUAAUAACAUGAUUCAAGAUGUUUAUCGGAACCGAUUAGAUUCAAAUCAGUUACUGAGUCAGGGUUUUAACAAGGAUAACUCAAAUUUUAUGAAUGAUUCUUAUGGUGGUUAUACUGUACUAACACCAAAUCCUUCACCUAUGGCUUUUAAUUACAACCCUCAACCAUUAAGUUCAAACUUUAAUUCAAUGGACACAAGUUCUUCGGUCUUACCACUUCCUGGCUUUGAUCCUAACACAAUGUCAAAUCACGUGGAUACUUUUAUACCUUCAGUUAAUACAGGACCACCAACUUUGCCUGAUUUUAAUAAUAGACAAAUUAGAACUGAUCAGUAUUCUCCUGGUAUAUCUCCAACUAUUGCUAGUUUUCCUACACCUGUUAGUGUGUCUGACAGUCCAGGUGCUGGAGCUCUUAGUGCAUCACCUAUGUGCAAUGGAGAAAAUUCUAGUUUAAGUGACAGUGUUAUUAGUCCUGCUACCACACAAAGAACUGGUAGUGAGCGAUCUGUAGAAACAAAUCCACGAUCAAUUGAAAGUGUAUCAAGUGAUUUAUGUUCACCUAGAGUUGAUUUAGAAUCUUUAAUCAUACAACCUCAACCUACUCCAAUUAUUACUAAUGGAGAGGUUCCUAAGACUUUAAUUAUUCCACCAACACUUGUACCGAAAUCUACAACUAUCAAAGGUGUUACAUUAACUAAAUCUGGGAAACCUCGCAAACGACGUUCAGCUCCCAAAGACAAACCAGUUAAGCCCAAAAAACCACCUGCAGGCUCAAUGUAUCAUAGUGAAAUUGCUGAAAAUGGUGGUAUUAAAUUAAAAAUAUCAUUAACUGCUAUGCCUCAAAAAAAGAAACGAAAAAGUAGGAAGAAAGUAGAUGAAAGUAAAACAAUGCAAUGUGAUGAACCAGCUGAACAAAGUGUAUGGGGUUAUCAAUUACCUGAACCUAUACUAUUUGAAAUUUUUCGUUUAGCAACUAAAGAUGAAGGAUGCAUUCCGUUUCUUGUCAGAGUGUCUCAGGUUUGUAGGUUUUGGCGUAUAGUUGCGUCUGAUCCACUACUUUGGACUAAUAUUGAUCUAGCAGGGCGAUGGGUUUCAAAAAAUCCUAUAAGAAAUGAUAUCAACUUUAGAUGGCUCUGUGAAAACAGACUUGCCAGAGUACAGGAACUCAAUUUAGGUGGUUGGCAAUUUACUGGCAUUCCUGUUAUACUAGAUAAAAUUAGCACCUCUUGCUUAGAUCUACGAGGAUUGAGUUUAACAGGUUGGGAAGGUCUUAGUUUGGAUAAUGUUCGGUUUAUCAUCACCAAUUGUCACAAACUGGAACGAAUAGAUUUAUCAGGAAUAAAUGCUCAACAUAGCAGUGGUAAAAGUGGAGUUUGUUUAAACUCACUGAUGUUCCUGACAAAACAUAUGGGCCAAAGAUUGACACACUUAAAUUUGGCCGAUAAUCGUCUUUCAGGGAUUACUCAAUUAGUCAAUUCUUUAGCUACCCACUGCCCAAAUCUUCAAUCGUUGGAUUUGACUAAAGUCCGGAUGGUUGGUAAUACAGGACAUCUUCAUAUUGAACGUUUACAAGAAGGAUGUCCUAAAUUGCGUGUAUUACGAAUGUCCACUAGCCAACUAUGUCUAAGUAAUGUUCCAUUAAAUGAACAAGCCUUAUCUCCGGGUUUUCCACUUCUGGAAGAAUUAAGUGUUGCCACAAUUUCUAAUGAUCUAAAUGUCUCUGGACAACCAUUUAUUGAUGAUCAAGCUCUUGAGAGGAUAUUAAAAACAUCACAUAAAUUGUAUGUGCUUGAUGUUAGAGGAUGUUCUAAAGUAACAGAUUCAAGUCUAGUAAGGAUACCUGCAUGGGAUUUGACUCAUCUAUAUUUAUCAGGAUCUUAUGUUACUCGAGUAUCGGAUUCUGGUCUUGAUCUGAUAUGUAAAAAGUGGAGUCAUAGUCUUGUAGAAAUUGAUCUCUCUUGGUCAAUCAACACUUUAAUUCUGGACGCAGCUGUUUUUGCAAUUUCAGAACAAGGAGAAAAAUCUAUGCUUAGAAAAAUGGAUCUUACUGGUUCUUCUGUUAGUCUUGAUCCAGUAAAAGCUAUAUUAAAUAACUGUCACCGUCUUAGCGCCUUGAACUUAGCAUCCUGCCGAGGCUUACCUAGAGGUAUCAAACGGCUAUACAAAGGUCACUCAUUGACUGAAUUACGAGCACAGCUUAAUAAACCUGAUUCAUCUCAAGAAUCUGAAGAUGGAGGCGGCUAGAUUUAAAAUUAAGGUACCUUCCAUUUCUUUUUUUACUGUUUUUAUUUAUUUAUUAUUUUUUUUUAUUACUUUUUUACAUGUUAUGUUUAAACAAUUGAAAGAUUGUUGUUCAAUGUGAUAGUUAUAAAUUUACUUUAAUAUUAUUAUUAUUAUUAUUAUUAUUUUUUAUAUUAUUAUUAAUUAUUCUGCCCGAUAUAUUAAGUAAUAGUACAAAUUAAAAAGAUAACAUUUUUCAUAUUAUUUUUCUCUAAGAAGAAAUUUAAACAAAACGUAAUAUUAUCGUAUAUUGAUAUCCUUUUUUGUUGAUUUGUCCACUGUAAUUUUAUUUAAUGUUAUAGAUUUUAUUUCAAAACCAUUAGAUGUAUUAUAAUUAUAAAGUUGAUUACAUGUUUUUAUAUAUAUUUCUAAAAAAAUAAGUCAAUUACAAUGUAUGGCUUUUGGAUGCUAUCUAACCUAUUUUGUCAAAGAAAAAAUAUAUUUGUUUGUAGAUUUGUACUUUGUCUGGUUUUAGAAAUCAAGCCCUUUUAAGUGAUUAUGUGAGUUAUCUCAACCAUAUACAAACAGUAUUAUUUCUUCAUUGUUAAAUCAAUAGCUAAUACUUAUUUAUAUUUGGGUUUACCAUAAAUAUAAUAAUUGGGGUCGUUCACAUAAAUAUAUUACACAUUAUGUGCCAUUCAAAUAUUGACCUUUUAAUAAUGAUUUCAUCAAUUUGAUUUCUAUUGUGAAGAUAAACUGUUUUUAAACAUAAAAUUAACUGAAUAGAUAUUUCUUAAAAAAAAUGUUAUACAUACAUAAUUCUUUUAAACUUAUUUAAAUUAAAAGCUUUUCUUAUAUUUUUAGAUACUACCUAUUUUAUUUUUAUUUUGACAAAUUUACAGAGAUGAUCCACUGAUUGUAAAAACAGUUUUUUUAAUAAAAUUAAAAUUAAAUAAAUAAAUAAUUUUAGUAAAUAAGAAAUAUAUUCCAACAUUUUAUAAAAAUUAAAUUAUUAAUUUUGUUGAAUAUAUACUUGGAAAUAACCAAUAAUUUAAAACUAAACAAAUUAACUAGAAAGCAUGUAUCAAGUUGACUUGUGUGUGGCCUACAUGCUUGUUAGUUUUUUUUAUCAGUGAUAUCAAUGUAUGAUAUAUUUAAGGUUUAAGACGGCAUUACCAUUCCUACACUUUUUAAGACAUUUUUUUCUUUUACUAUUAUUAUUUAAAGAAAGUUGAGUAUAAUUAAUAAUAAAUCUUCUAAAAUAUAAUUUUUAUUUUUUCUUAUUAAUUCUAUAUUUUUGUAACUAAACAAAAAUGUGUUUUUAUAAGCAAAAGCUUUUUUAAGUAAUCACAAGUACUUUUAAAUGUGCACACAAACCCAGAAACCAUAACUAUACAUUAUUUUCUAAGUUGAAUAAGUUCUAGUUAAUCUAAUUCUUUUUGUAAAUAUUUUCUAAUUUUUGUUAUAACUGAUUAGUUACCUUAACCUUCAAUUUUAGUAUUUAUGUUUUUAAAAGAAAUUAUUGUUUCUAAAUUGCUCCCUAAAGCACAUUUAAAAGAUUUAAAUUAUUAGGUUAUAUAAUUUGUAAUUAUAUAGCAUAAACAUAUAAUAUAUUCUAUUUGGGAAUUAAUGUUUUUGUAGAGUAAUUUCUCACAUUUAUUCAUCUCUGUUAUUAUUUUUUAUCAAAUAGUGGCAAAUAAAUAAAAAAUAUAUUAUCGUUAAUUCGUAACAAUGUAAAUACCAUAAAUAAACAGAUUUCAUACAUUUUGCAGUUAUAUAAUUUAAAACAUUUAAACCUUCCUCUCCAAUAUAAGUA